CGAUGACAGCCUUGUCACAUAGACACACACACCCGCACGAAGAAAACAAUAACAAACGAGAAACCUAAACAAAAAUCUAAAAUUCGUCAUCAUCCAUUGUAGUUUUGGCCUUGAAAAUGGCUAGCAAUCCGACGCAAACUCUCCAUCAGGCGAUUCAGGCCAAAUAUGGCCUCCAGAGCAACAGCGAAUCCUCCCAAUUGAGCAGUACAAGUGGCACACUCCCACAAACAACACCCAGAUUUGUUAUUCCGCAGCUGAAAAUUCCACAACUGCAACUGCAAGCAGCAACAGAUGCGGCUGCCCAGAGGGAAUCGCGUCAAGCGGCAGAAACCCAUAAUCAGUCGAUUCUGAAUGAAAUCCAGUUACGGCAACGCCAACGAUCGGAAAGCGAAACCAAUCUGCAAUCUGUUCGAUUUCCAAUUCCCCAAUUAGCUUCAACGCCUGGGAAUAUCCCAACUUUAUCCAGAUUAGAGCGCGGUGUAGACCAACUACAAAUACGAGAUGAUGGAGGCGAUAGGGCCAAUAUAACGACCACGCAAGCACCACUCAUUGACCUGUCGUCCACCGUAAUAGCUGGGAAUAGGGAUGCACCGCCGAAGGAGUCGGCGAGCAAAGCGCGUCAGCUGGCCAGUCGAGAGGACUUUGACAUACCUUUUAUUUCCUGCGAUCGCGGUAGAAGAAACACACCCACUGGAGGUCUCCUAGGGCGAUCCCUCAACAAUUACGAGGACGAGCUAGUUGACAACGCUCCAGCAGAUACCGAGUUCCGGGAGCAACCAGGUCCCAUUGGCCAUAUGCUGGAUGUAGUGGUAGGCUAUCCGGAACCAAGAAGACCUUGUUUGGAGUACGCCGUGACCCGGCUGGAACGGCAGCACCUUAAAAUGUGCCAGAACGAGAAUUACGGCAGCCAAGUCAAGAGAUUCCGAUUUGAUACUCCUUCGCCGGAUGAGCUCGUCAAGCAGGCGCUGCAAAAGUCCUGGCGGAUAACACGUACUUGAUUCUUUUUUAGUCGCAUUUCUUAAGUUGACAAUUACGAAAAGUAAAAUCAAAACAAUAAACAAUAAGUUCUAAAGGCA